AUGCGGACCUGGCUGCUUGUCAUGAGGUGCAGGUCGCUGAGGCAGCGAGCGGGCUCUGCAUUCUGCCACCGCUGCGAGUUGAACCUUGGAAGUGCGCUUCCAAUAAAGGCUGCCCAGCAGAAUACCCACACCAAAGUCAGUACGGAGCACAACAAGGAAUGUCUCAUAAACAUUUCCAAGUACAAGUUUUCCCUGGUCAUCAGUGGUCUCACUAAUAUCUUAAAAAAUGUUAAUAACAUGAGAAUAUUUGGAGAAACUGCUGAAAAGAAUUUAUAUCUAUCUCAGCUGAUUAUCUUGGAUACACUGGAAAAAUGUCUGGCAGGGCAACCAAAGGAUACCAUGCGACUAGAUGAGACUAUGCUGGUAAAACAGUUGCUGCCAGAAAUCUGCCAUUUCAUCCACACUUACCGUGAAGGGAACCAGCAUGCAGCUGAACUACGAAAUUCUGCCUCUGGGGUUCUUUUUUCUCUUAGCUGUAAUAACUUCAAUGCUGUGUUCAGCCGCAUUUCCACCAGAUUACAGGAACUGACUGUUUGUUCAGAAGAUAAUGCUGAUGUUCAUGAUAUUGAACUUUUACAGUACAUCAGUGUGGAUUGUUCAAAACUGAAACGACUCUUGCAAGAGACUGUAUUCAAGUUUAAAGCCCUUAAGAAAGUAGCUCAGUUAGCUGUUAUCAAUAGUCUUGAAAAGGCAUUUUGGAACUGGGUGGAAAACUAUCCUGACGAAUUCACAAAGCUGUAUCAAACACCACAGACUGAUAUGGCUGAUUGUGCAGAGAAGUUGUUUGACUUAGUGGAUGGCUUUGCUGAAAGCACAAAACGUAAAGCAGCAGUUUGGCCACUGCAAAUCAUACUCCUGGUCCUGUGUCCGGAGAUAAUCCAAGAUAUAGCAAAGGAUGUGGUAGAGGAAACUAAAAUGAACAAGAAACUGUUCCUGGACAAUCUCAGGAAAGCACUCGCAGGCCACAGUGGGAGCAGACAGCUGACUGAAAGUGCUGCUAUUGCUUGUGUUAAACUGUGCAAAGCAUCUACCUACAUCAACUGGGAAGAUAAUUCUGUCAUUUUCUUACUAGUGCAGUCCAUGGUAGUAGAUCUGAAGAAUUUGCUGUUUAAUCCAAGCAAACCUUUUUCAAGAGGCAAUCAAAAUGCAGAUGUAGACCUUAUGAUUGACUGCUUAGUUUCCUGCUUCCGCAUAAACCCUCAUAAUAACCAGCACUUUAAGAUCUGCUUGGCACAGAAUUCCCCAUCAACGUUUCAUUACGUACUGGUAAAUUCGCUGCAUCGAAUAAUCACAAAUUCUGCGUUGGACUGGUGGCCCAAGAUCGAUGCUGUGUACUGCCAUUCCGUGGAGCUUCGCAGCAUGUUCAGCGAGACGCUUCACAAAGCUAUUCAGGGCUGUGGGACGCAUCCAGCAAUUCGCAUGACUCCGGUAAGGCUUCUAAAGAAGCUAUUAAAACACAAACCUCUUGUUUCUCCUGUGUCUCCAUUCCAUUCCUGCUUUUUUAUUCAUUAA